AUGUCACGCCCGACCUCGUUACGAAACGCUCAGUACCCCAGCUUUGGGACAUCAAGCGAGCGUGAAUUCUAUAAGUACUUACCGUCGUACCACUUGAAAGCGCGCGCCCUUCGCCAUGUCGGUCGCAUUACCCCGUCGAAAGAAUUUGUCGCACGAUCGUCGGUGGAUCCUGUUUUAACAGCCUUCGCUCAACUGGGUACUUUGCGACUGGAUGCCCAACGAACCUUGAUAUCGCUAUUCAAUCGAAACGAGCAGCACGUUCUCACGGAAGCCACCCGAACUCUGAGCCUACAGGAUGACACAGAUCAUAAUUGUCGGGAUGAGCUUUGGCUUGGGAGCUGCUCGGUUUCAUAUGAGCGGAGUCUCUGCAAAUUUGUCUUGAAGCCCGUUGCAAAUACACAAACUCCUUCUGAACGAGUCUUCGUGGUGCCCGACCUUACGCAAGAUGAUGAGUUCAAGGACCACCCGGAUGUCACCUCUUUUCCCAAUCUUCGGUUUAUUGCCUCUGCCCCUAUCAUCAGUCCGAAGGGCAUUGUGAUAGGGGCUUAUACAAUUCUUGACGAUAAACCGCACGAUCCUCUGGAUGCGGAUCUGUUGAAAUUCCUGGUUGAUGUGGGGACCACAGUCAUGAAUUAUUUGGAAACAAGCCGAGCGAGAAGCCUGCAUGCCCGUAGUGAGCGAAUGGUUGUUGGACUUGGGAGCUUUCUGGAAGGGAAGGGGAGUUUGCGCAACUCGUGGCUUAAUGAAAACGAAGGCCCUUGCCUUCAGAGUGACAACAACGACAUGUCAGAAGGUCAUGUAAACCAAGAACAACAGGAUAAGCAAGUUUCUCACGACAUGCAUUUGGCCAUGGCACAAAAAGGCCCUAUCAGUCACUUGCCUUUCCAUCCGUACAAUCUUCAUAUUCCCCGGAAUCAGACCCCUCAACUCGACAAAAAGAAAGCUGAACCGAUGGCCAAUGCAGAUUUCAGUAAACGAGAUACUAAAGCCCAAGCCAACUUUGACCAGACAACCCGGGAAGCCAUCACACAUGCUGAUGAGCGACAAUCACCGCGGGAAACUUAUACUGCCAAAGUGAAAGAGACAUUCUCGCGCGCAGCCAACCUCAUUCGUGAGAGCAUUGAAGUCGAAGCGGUGGUCUUCUUUGAUGCCAAGUUCCGCUCUCAGGAGUCUUUGGUCAACGAUGUCAAGUCCGACAAUGACAGCAGUGGUGUCGAGAGUGCCUCUUAUUCUUCAACCGAUGACGAGGCCAUUCCUCGAGAAGGCCUUGAACAGCAGGGUGUGCCAUACUUGGAAAAUAAUUCUGCGGGCAAAGGCACGUUGGAUCCCUGUCAGAUACUUGGAUUCUCAACGUCAAGUGCUUCCAGUGUCAGCCAGGAAUCAAACCAGAACAAUGAUAUUUCAUUGUCCGAGUCAUUCCUUGGGGGACUUCUGGGCCGUUAUCCGCGAGGAAAGAUUUUCAACUAUGGCGAAAACGGCGUAAUAUCGUCAGAUGACACCAGUGAUGGGCACUCCAAAAAGUUCGUCCGACGUACUGGAGGCAAGAAGUACAAAAGAACACAAAACGCUCUAGUGCGCCAGGAUGCCAAAGCACUUCUUCAACUCGCCCCAGAUUCCCGAAGCAUCGUUUUCUCGCCCUUGUGGGAUUCACAUAAAGGGAGAUGGUACUCGGGAAGUCUUACCUGGACACGAUCGCCCUAUCGUGUGUUUACAAAUAACGAUGAACUGUCUUUUCUAUCGGCAUUGGGAAAUAGUGUCAUGGCUGAAGUCCAUCGACUGGGUGCCCACUUCUCCGAGCGGGCAAAGUCGGACCUCCUUGCAGGUCUCAGUCAUGAGCUGAGGUCUCCUCUGCAUGGAAUUUUCGGUACUACAGAGCUCCUGAGCGAUACUAUGACCGAUGCGCUACAACGUGGGUUCGUUCAUACCAUUGGGGCCUGUGCAUUCACGCUUCUGGUAUGCCAGCAUAAACGACGUUCGGCCGAACUCCGUCGCGAAACACCUGGCGGAGGCCAGAUAAAGUCCUUUACAGAGCCCAAUCCCACCAAGGAGCGUCCAUCCUAUGGAAAGGUCGAUGUUGACUCUUAUUUCGAACUCGAUUCUGCCGUAGAAGAUGUGAUAGAAUCAGUCUUCUCGGGCUUCACUUUCUUUGAUAACUCACGCUCUCCGCUCCGUGGCAUUUCUGGAUUUACGUUACCAAAAAAACCAGUCAUCACCCAGACGGGAGUGAAAGUGAUUCUCGACAUUGAGUGCGCUAAGAGCUGGAAGUUCUCAACUCGACCUGGAGCUUGGCAUGUGAUUCUUAGUAAUAUCCUUGGAAAUGCUCUCAAGUUUACCCAAGCCGGAUAUAUCCAUGUCUCUUUGAAGGCAACCCCAGUCGAACAUAGAUUGAGUGGUGAGGUCUCGCGGUCCGAGGUCACGGUGGCAGUCAAAGACACUGGAUGUGGCAUUGACCCGGACUAUCUUAGGAAUGGAUUGUUCACUGCGUUCUCUCAAGAAGACAGCAUGACAACCGGCAAUGGUCUUGGGCUUAACAUCACGCGUCGAAUCGUAUCAUCGCUUGGUGGUGUUGUUCACGUCAACUCCGAGCAACAUGUCGGCACUGAGGUCAUUACUGUCGUGACUCUUGAUCACGCCUCCGAGCUCGAUACUCCGGACGGCCUGGAUACUCGCGUCUCUGUUUCAAUGACGAAAACACUUGUUCAAGGUAAAACUAUUGGAAUCUUAGGUCUAGGGACCUCGGAACUGGAUACUGCAUGCUGUGAAUCCUUGCAAAAGCUAUGCCGAGAUUGGCUUGGCAUGAGCGUUUCUUUGGUAGCGCCGUCGCAGAUGCAGUUCGACCAUUGUGAUGUUUACAUCUCACCCCAUGAAUUCCUAGAUCUCGGGAACUUGGAAAUCAAGUCUAUUGCCCCUGGCCCAAAUACCAAAUUCACUUCGCCUGUUAUUGUCAUAUGCUCGACCCCAAGGAUUGCGCUCUCGAUGUCCACACACGCUCAAAUAAGAGGGGAUACAGACGUCUUCGAAUUCAUUAGUCAGCCAUGCGGGCCUCACAAGCUGGCAAAUACUUUGGAAUUGUGCAUGAAGCGUCAACAGCAACGCCUUGAUUCAUCCAAUGUCAAGCAAGAACAAAGACCAAGGCCCAUCGAAAACUUAGCCACCGAUGAUGAUUCCGAAAAGAAUUUGUCUCUCAAUACUCCUAUCAGUGGUUACAGUGAAGUGAUCAAGGUUGACAACCCAGAAGAUUCAACAACUAAUCCCAGUCAGCUUCUCGGGGCUUUGUCUGGGCCCCCAAAACUAUCAGAUCAUGGGGAUGGCUCACAUCUCUCUCUUAUUGAUUCGGAUGAACACUCAAUUCCAGCGAAGGAUCUCGAUCCAGUAGCCGAAUCUCAACCUGUACCUCCCAUGACUGUCCUACUCGUGGAUGACAAUGAUAUCAACCUACGGCUCUUGAUGGCGUUCAUGAAAAGGUUAAAAUGCGACUACGCACUUGCACAAAACGGACAAGAAGCUCUAGACUUCUUCAAGGCCAAUGCCUCCAAUAUCAGCAUUAUCAUCAUGGGUCAUACAGCAAUUUUCCAGGUGCCAACAAACCCAAUAGAUAUUUCCAUGCCAGUCAUGGACGGCCUCGUGGCCACAAGGCGAAUCCGCGAGUUCGAAAAGACAUUAGCGACCAAUGACCGAGUAACUAUCGUCGCCCUGACUGGCCUUGCGCAAGCCGACGUGCAACGCGAUGCUACUGGGUCCGGCAUGAAUUCGUUUUUAACCAAGCCCGUGCGAUUGGAUAGUCUUGUGCCUAUUUUCAAGGAUAUAUUACCCCAAACACACCCCAUAUGGGAUAGUCAGAGUUGA